AUGGCAGCCAUAGAAACAAACACAAGAAGCUCUCUGCAUGGUCGAAGCAACAGCUUCCCCUCUGCAUCACACCCCAUUGUAUCACAAGUUGAGGAGCACUUGCAUAGAUUGAAUAAUUCUGAAGCCACUGCUUCUCUGUCAUCAUCUUCAAUAAGUCACAGACUCAAAGACUUGCAGGAUUUGCAAGAGAGUACUAAUAAGGUGCUCCAAUUAACAUUUACCCAACAAGCAUUGGCGCAAGAAUGCAAGAACAAACAGCUUGAUGAACUAUUAGAUGGGUCUCUAAGGCUCUUGGAUAUUUGUAGCACAGUUAAAGAUUGUUUGCUACAAUCAAAGGAUAGCAUGCAAGAACUUCAGUCAGUUAUUCGCAGAAGGAGAACUGCUGAAGCUGGAUUGACAAUUGAGAGUGGAAAAUACAUGGCAUGUAGGAAGAAGAUGAAAAAGGCAAUUGGAAAGGCCUUGAGAAACUUGAAAGCAAUGAAAAACGAGUUCUCGGUUUCUUCCUCAAACAAAGAAAAGGAGACUUUUUCCAUGCUCAGCAUCUUAAAAGAAGCACAAGUGGUCACUAUGAGGUCAUUAGAAUCUUUGUUGUUGUUUAUCACUGGCCCAAAAGGACAGCUAAAGCAAAGCAGGUUCUCAGUAAUCUCCAAGCUGGUGCAGCCUAAAAGAAUAUCUUGUGAAUUAGACACUAAUGAAUUCGAGAUGGUUGAUGCUGUGUUGAACCUUCUCAUCAGUUCAAAGCCUUUAUCUGUUGAGAAUGUUCAGAGCCAUAUGCAAAAUUUAGCCUUGUGCAUUCAAGAUAUUGAAAUUGGAGUUGAAAGCCUCUCAAGACAACUAAUUAGAACCAGAGUUACCCUUCUCAACAUUUUAAGCCAAUAG